GCAAUAGAAUAUUUUUUGUCCUAAUUUUAUUUAUAUUAGAUAAUAGAUACUUGUCCAGUUUUGAUGGUGAAGAUGGAGGGUAUGGCUAAUAAUGCUUUUAACAUUUGUUUAGCUUCAUUGCAGUUACCAGAGCAACAAUCAAUGUCCUCAGCUUCAUCUCUAAUGGUGUCCAUCAUUAAACACAUACCAACACUCGACUUUGUAAGAGAAAUAAUAUCAAGACAAGGCCUCUCACUUGUAGAGUUUAUAUUGAGGGGCGUGGCAGGGGGCGUCGACCGGUCACGCCUUGAUUUACUUGUUAAUAUACUGCACCAGCUUAGCAUUCAGUGUGUGACGGAGUUAUCCACAUGGUUGCAAGUACUACUAUCAAAGCAAGGUUUCCCAACAGUCCAAGCCAGCUCUUUGGAGAAGCAAGUAUUCAUGCAAUCGGUUCUAAGAGCCCGUGGAGACAAAGAAACCCUCAGACAUAAAGUAUCCGAGUUCUCAUUAAUAUGUCGAGGAUUUCACGGAACUAUUUAUGCAAUUGAAACUUCGAGGAGUCUACCAUAGCAUCAUUAUACUGUUAGUAAAAUACUGACAAUCGGAAUCAAGAGGAAUUGAUACAUGUACUGUACAUUAGAAUCAUUUUUAUAUUAAAAAUUGGUAGUGCGAAAAUUAUUAAUAAGAAAUGUGUAUAUGUGUAAUAUAUUAUAGUAAUUAUUAUUGAUGUUGGUACUGUUGAUGAAAUUAGUGUUAUUUUAUUGUUUUUUUGUUUUAUUUUUUGUUGCUACACAUAAUUGUUAAAAUUGCUGUACAUACAGAAUAAUAUCAUCAUCAU